AUGCAUCUAUGAUUUAUUUUAGGUUAUUAUCAAACAAAGCGCGAACACUGCCAAUGCGAAUUUUGUAGUGAAUAAGUUCUAUUUAUAAAAGUUUUUAUUUCUAUAAUCACAGUUACAAUGUCUGGUGAGCGAAAUGCCGAGUCUUCCAAUGAUGAAAGGAAAGAGACAGCUUUAACACUUUAUCCAAAAUGGCAGUUGGUGUUUGAAAAGUAUGAUGCUGAUGGUGAUGGAAGAAUUUCAAUUGUAGAAUUUCGAGAUGAAAUCAGGAGUGAAACUUAUCAACAUGAUUUACCAUUGUGUGCUGUUAAACAAAUAUUGAAGAAAGCUGAUGAAGAUCAGAGUGGAUACUUGACAUAUGAAGAAUUUGAAAAAAUGAUCCACAGUGAAGAAGUUCAAGGAUUGUUCACCAGAUCCGUGAAUAGCUACGUAAAGUAUGCUGUUGUGCCUCGCCACCGGAGGCCUCAGGAUGUUCCUGAUGGCUCUGGUGUUUAUGAGGAACAAUAUUCUUGCUACCCAGUUCGUUUGCUUAUGAUUAUAGUAUCAACUUUAGAGAUUGCUGCCUUUGUGUGGGAUGUUGCUACAGAAAAUAAAAUAAAUGCAACAGGCCCUGCUGCUACAAUAUUUAUGUAUAAUCCAUACAAGCGUUAUGAGGUGUGGCGAUAUUUUACAUACAUGUUUGUUCAUGUGGGCAUUUUUCAUCUGAUUGUUAACCUGAUUGUUCAAAUUAUGCUGGGGAUCCCACUAGAAAUGGUGCACGGAUGGUGGCGAGUACUGUGUGUGUAUUUGGCCGGGGUAAUUGCUGGAUCACUUGGAACAUCUGUGACGGACCCAAAAGUUUUUUUGGCUGGUGCAUCUGGAGGUGUGUAUGGCAUUAUUGCUGCACAUGUUGCCACGAUAAUCAUGAACUGGUCUGAAAUGCAGUUUGCAUUACUUCAACUUCUUGUGUUCUUGAUUUUGGCUUUGGUUGACAUUGGAACAGCAGUAUAUAACCGUUAUGUUAUAAAUGAAGACAAGCAGAUUGGCUAUGCAGCUCAUCUUGCUGGUGCUUUAGCAGGCUUGCUGGUAGGUAUUUGUGUUCUUCGGAAUCUGGAAAUAAAGCGCUGGGAAAGGCAAGUGUGGUGGGCAAGCAUUGUGCUGUUUUCAAGUCUAAUGCUGGCAGCUGUUCUCUGGAAUAUUUUUGCAAGUUCCUUCUUUUACCCUUGACAUCAAGUGCAUCCACAUUUGUGUUCCAGUAUUAUGUUGAUAAUGUAAGCCUGCAUUAUCAAAUUUUGUAGUUACUAUUUUUAUAUUGGUGUUUGCGUAUAUAAUAGUUUAUAAAUACUACUCCACAAAUGAGUGGUUUAAAUCAUCAUCUAAGAAAGGAAUGUAUUCAUUAUUAUAAACCUUUUUUUUUUUGCCUGCAUUAUUUUUAAAUAUAGCUAACAUUAUAAAAUGUACCUAAUGAAGUUUGUUUGUAUAAUUUUUAAGAAUUAAAAAGUAAAAUUGAUAUAAGUUAGGUACUAUGAAUAUAGUGAUGAAACAUUCAGCAUUGAAAUUUUCAGCAUUAAUCUAAUCCAGUAACAAACAAGUUCAAAUAUCGAAAAAAACAUCCAUUUUAAUGUGUGAAAAAUGAUACGUGUGUGUAGUCAGGAGACUACAACUACAAAAAAGAUAUAUUUAAUUUUUUUAAACUGUGUUUUUUUAAUUAUCUGGGAAAUAUUUGUCAAAAUUAUGUGGUCCGUGUUAGAAUUGCAGUUCAUUUUUCUUCUAGAGCUUUAACCAUCCAGAACAUUUCAAUCGUGAUUAGUUUUUUUGGGAGUAAGAUAGUGUGAUGAAUUUCUUUUCUCCUUCUGCAUGAAAUGUGACACCUGUAUGAGUCUAGUCACUGCCCAUCAUUAUUAUUUUUAAAAGUUGUCUUUUUUAAAGGGAUUUGCUUUAUAAAUUAAAAAAAAAAUUAUUAUUUCACUUUUUUGAUUAUAGUUCUUCUUUAGAAACUAUGUACAUCAUAAUAGCUAUGAAGGAGAGUCAGUAUCAGCAAGGCUUUUCACUAUAUCCUUGUGUUAUUAGCUGCAAUUAGUUUGGUUUCGUAAAAAUUGUCUACAUUAUUUCAUCGCCGAUACCUACCUAAUGCUGUUGCAGUCUCGAGAAUUUUCAGUAGUGUGGAAGUUAAUAUGGUUCUACAAAUUCAUAGUGCUGAUUCAUAUAGGUCAUCCAAAACAUUAAAGCCAAGUCUUGAAUGUGUCACAUGUCUGGCAGUCCCCAUGCAGAAAUAACUACAUCUGGCAGGCUAUGCAUUAGGUGCUUGCCUGCAAUUUUUCAUUUUAAAUAACUCCUUCCAAUUAUAAUUUUUGCAUGUAUGUAGUUUCAAAGCUAGAACAACUCUUAAGUGCUACUGCAAGAGUUAAAUGAACUGUUUUCUGGCAUCAACACCACGUGAUUGUCAAAGAAGAAUUGUAUGCCAACGUUUAAAAACUAUGAUGUUUCUUAGUGUAAUAGAAUAAAUUGUUUUCUAUUUGAAAAAAGAACAGGUAGGGUUUUAUGCAGCACGGCGCUGAAGAUAAUUAACAGGUGGUGCACAAUUUGAAUAUGUACAAAUGCCAACACUGCCUUCAAAAAAUGGGUUUUUUGUGCUAGCCAAUGUGUUAUCAGUAGAGACCCGGAAAAUUCGCGGGUUCACUUCGUGUUAUGCUAAAAUUCAAAUAAUUAUACCUUAGUGCUACUUCUGUCAUUGGUUCACUGUUAAUCUGGAGUACUGAGGACCAAUUAGAGACCCUCACUCAUAGAAGUGUCGAAUCACAGGCCACCCAGUCGAGACGACUCACAAGUCAGCAGCCAAUGAAUAGUUGGCAUUUGCCCGAGUGUGUAGAGGAUAUUGGAGUCUAUCCUGGAGGUCAUUGAACCCACAAAUUUUCCGGGUCUCUAGUUAUCAGGUCUCUCUAAGUGUCUGCUGAUGCAUAAGUGGACAUUUUUAGCAUGUCCUUUAAAGCUGUAUAAGUGCUAUAACAUUCAGAAGAUACAGUAUAAGUAGUAUGAUCAUUAGCAUAGCCCGUAAAUGGCACACAGUUCUAGGCCCUGUACAUUUUUGUUAGGCAGGUGGUCUCCAACACUCCAGGUCUCAGUAACUCCCUUGGGGGGGUUAAUGAUCCAUAUUGACCACCGUGGCACAAAGGUCAACUGAGGCUCUGGUUCUGCUAGGUGGCUACUAACUAGGCCUGUAUGAAUAUUCAAAUGAUGAAAUAUGAAUAGUUUAUUAUUUAAUUCAAUUCUAUAGAAUACUAACACUUCAAAAUUACAAAUGUUAUUUGAUAUAGCGUACCUCACAAGUUUGUCAUAUACCAACGUUAACUGUUUAGGUUAACAUCAUUUUUGCUAUAUAAAUACCCAGUAUAGAUGUUUUGACGGGACCCCAUAGUCAAAAACAUGAACAAUAUUCUGUGUAUUAACACACCACAUGUUAUUAAAAGUCAUUUCACUAUUUUCACAUAAAGCAGUAGCAGAAAAAAUUGUAUGAAUGACUCAAAACCCAGACUAUUUGUGACAUUUCAAUCUUGAAAACAAACUAUUAUUUGUAUUCAUUUCGUCACAUGUACCAGUAGUGGAAAAAAAUUAAUAAAUGUCAACAACCAUGGACUACAACACAAAACACUGCCACUCUUUGUGAUAGCCAUUAAAAGAAGUUUAUGACUCAAAAUAAUAAACAAACGUGAAUAAUGGUUUCUGAUUCCAGAGGAAAAUGUGUGUAAUAUUCCUUAACUAAAAUAUGAUUUACCUGGUUGCCAUUAACAACAAAAACACAUGAAUAACUUGGGUUGGAAAGUUUGAAUAUGAGCGUAUUUAAUCACUAAUUUGCAAAUACAGCAUUUUAAAAUAAUGUCUUUUUUUUUUGUAAAAUGGGUUGAAUUUAGCAGUAUUUAGAGGUUUGCAAAUAAGACAGACAAAAACUGGUUAGGUUAGCUACAUAAAAACACAUUUUUUUACUUAAAUAUUUUGGUAUAAUUACUGUAGCUUCUUUAACCUAACCAACUUUUCACUUAAGUAUUAUUUGUCUAAUCCACUACACAAGUUUAACUUUAGCCACACAUGUAGUCUUAAAUGGUGCUCGGCCAACUCAGUCGUGGACCAUAGGGUUGUCCCGUAGAGGGACUCUGAUGGUGGGGUAUAAUGCACUUGCUGCAUGCUGGCCUAUGAGGCUGCAUCUGCCCGCUGGGUUUUGUGCACCACAGUCACUGGGGUGGCAGAGGGUACGUUACCAGGAGUGUAGUGUAGGGUAUACAGAACAGCAGAUGGUGGUGCUGUGGCGGUCUGAGUAACAGAUGAGUUUUAUGGGAUAGUUUGUUCAUCAGCUGAUUCUUGCAGCUAGGUAUGUGCUCCACGUUGACCAGGAAUGUCUAGAGCAUCAACGACCAUCUGGUCAGUUUUGUCUCCUGUGUGGAAUUGAGCCACACAGGCACUGACUAUUAGUGUGGAGCAUGAAAACCCAACCCUCGAGGUAGUGCAAAUACCACUUGAAUUCCCACACCAACACGAGACACUCCUGCUCACCGGUGCUCCGCUAGCCCGAACUUCGUGCUGGCGUACUUCACAGCCCAUUUUUCUUCUUAUUGGCCAGGAGGUGAGGAUAGCUCUCAUGCCAUGCUAGCUGGCAUAAGUUUGUACAUACAUAUAUAUAUGGUAAUCUGGUUAAAGAUAGGAUAAGGUGUGACGUUCUUUGAACAGCUUUUUAGUCAUGUCCAAUGAAUGUUAAACGGCCUCUGUCCACCUGAAUUUGGUCUUAAAAGACUGUAGGUUGUUAUCAGUGGAAUGGUGAUGGCAAAGUUCAGUACACAUGAUCUCAACCAGUUGAGAAGAUCCAUGAGCCUCUGCAACUGCCUGUCAAUGGUAGGGAUUUCUCCUUGAUAAGGGUGAGCUGGUCUGGGAUAAUGGACACCCUCUGUGUUGGCCAGAUUCUCCAGUUCUGUCAUGCCAAUGUGACAUUUUCGAGGGAGACAAGUAAGCCAUCCAAGAUAGGUCCAUCCCUCAGUAUAUCUACGACAAGGGUUGUAGUGUGGCUGACCUCACAUUAAUGCUGAUUUCUACCUUAGCAUGCCCUGUUGUGGUUGACCAUGGCCAGCUGCAGUGUCCCUACCUUGAGCACCAGGACCAGCCUCGGGAUGAGGUGAGCAGCACUGUGUGUUUAGCUCGUCGCUGUAUCCACCAGGGCCUCAAUGGGUCUCCAAGAGUGGGCAGGGUGGUGUGCCUUGAGACCUCAUAGGUGUUUAUGGGGUCGUCGGUUAUGCUGGGCGUGAGUUCAGGGGUGGUGGUCAGCUAGUUCAACACGUUAUUGGAUGUUUGCCAGCAGCUAAUUCCUUCUGUUCAUAUUUGGAAAAGUUGUGGCAUGGAUUGAGCAGACGCUGUGCCAGUGAUGGUCUACUUUGGGAAAAUAUUGGAAAUGAUGUGCCUUGUGUCUUCAAGAGCAGUCUGUUAGUUUUGACCUAGGUGCAGUACAUAUGGAAAAAAAUCUCUCUGGCUGUGUUGUCUGUUGGGUGUCGUAUUUGUGGUACGUAUCAUAAAUUUAUUCCGUUGUCACUCAAAAUUUUAGCUUUCACGCUUCAUAUUGUGAUAGGUGCACCUGAGCAGCUGGUGGUGGCUUCUAUGUCUGGAUGCAUGGUGUUGGGACUGUCAUUUUUUCUCUUCAUUUCAUUACAAGCAGUAUUGGGCAGGCACGCACGCCUUGUGGUGUAGCUGGUUACAUAGGGAAGGAAGGGAUGUCAUCCUGUGGUUCAUAGUGGCUGGCUGGUUGAAGUCAUGUGUGCGUGGUUGGUGGUGGAGUGCGACUGAGCCUUUGAAAACCUUGGUAAGCAUUCAGGUGGCACUAGGGCAUGGUCAGAGCAAGCCAUCUGAAUGUCCUUGCAAUGCCAUCACGGCCAAUUGAGUUGGCAGCAGAAAUGGGAGGGGAGAAAUAUCCUUUGUUCUAUAACUCCACGUGCCCACAGGCAGGUAGUCAGUUGGAAUGUCGUGUCAAAAAUGGCUUUCAGAGUGUGUGCUUGCCAUUUGACACACACAAUGGUGGCUUUAGUGAAGACUACAUGAAUGAGUGUUUUAACUGUGACACGUUCCUGCCUGAAUCCUGGCACAGGCACAAGGUGACUAUGAUGGAAUAGUCAUUACAAGUUGAUUGUCACAUGACACCUUUGGUGUAGGUGUAAUACAGGGGUUUCAGAAUCAGUGAUGAUUCCAAAAGGGUGCCAGCUAGCUUAGGAAAGGUGAGGAGCAUCAUGGUAACCCAUGGUAAAAUGAGAUGGUGAAUGCUUUCGGGGUUGUAACAUCAUCAGUAGGAGUGGUUUAAGCAGCAGGGUUGUCUAUCUAGGACACCCUGCGUGUAGGCCCCUAGGACACAGCUAACUAAACAGAUGCAAACACUAGAUGGAUUAGUCAGUACCUAGCACAACGACGAUAGACCUCGUGGGCGGAAACAUGCAACCAUUCUGGUUGAAAGUUGCCUAUGUACUGCUGUUGUGCUUCAGGUCACUGCUGGGGGUGGUUAAUGGCAGGGUCGACUAUCGAUCUUGCAUCCCCUCGACAGUUCAAUUUAUUGUCAUGUCCCGACUGGGCACUAUACAACACUGGCACUGGGCAUUUCACAUGCAUACUGUUUCUGGACCGGAGGGGACACUGAGGGUUGGCGGCAAGCUAAAGAAAAAGUGUUGCAAAAUGAAGAAACGUGUGGGAAAAAUUUGAAUGUACACUUUAAGUAUUUAAUGGGAACACAGGAAAGAAGUAUAAACUGUAGGAACUUAUAAACUUUAAAGCUGUGAAUGUGGGGUUUUAUGUUGUAAGUAAUCUUUGUAUUAUUUUGUAGUGUAACGCACAAGUUUUAAGAAAAUAAAGAACUGUAUUUUGUAAGUGCUUUUGUAAUACAUGUCGCCACCAAAAGUGGGUUUCAGACAAAAAUAAUUCUAGACUGACAGCCAUUUAUUCUUAGCAAAGGGCACUGUUUCUAUAAAUGUAUAAUACAAAUGAUCUCCUGCAAACUUUAACUGUGUACUUAUGUGAAUCAAUUUGUAGUUUUAUGAAACAGUUAUAGUUUUAUGAAAAUAUGUCAAAUAGCUGUGCAGGCCAGCCUGACAAGCCAUAUAAUUAUCCAAAUAUUAACAUGUCUACAAGGCUGAUUUUGUCAGGUUUAACAGGUAACAGGAAAGAACCUAUUUCCAUUAUGAGCCAAGGUCUGCUUCAUCACAAGAGACAUGAUUAUGUACAGAAAGGCUUAGAUGAAAACUUUUAGAACAGGUACUUAACUUGGUGCUCAUAAAUUAAGUUAUGAUUGUUAGGUUAGCAGCUGAACCUGAACCAUUAUGAAUUCAGUAUUCUGGCUAUUCUGGUGUGCUUAAAGACACAUCAUGAGAAAUAGUUCAAGUAAUGUUCUAGCUUAAUAUUAUUUCUUAUAGUGUGUGUUCUCCCUGCAGCCCUGUGGAUUAUGAAACAAAUUCAUGGUUGCUACAGGACUAGAAAACCGGGAAAUGUCAGGGAAAUUAAAAUGGUUAGGGAAUUCCGGGAAAUGUCAGGGAAAAUUCUACGAAUUCUGGAAAUUUUAAAGUUGCUUAUAUUUCAAACAAAGCUUUGUUUUGAUGCGCUCGUACCGCUACCGAACGACUCUGCUAAAAGGCUGCUGCUUAAGGCACACGGCAACUGCAACUUUUUUUUUUUUACUUGGUCUACGAUUGUCCGUUGCAAUAGGCUGUUACAACCACCCACCAUAACUUCUGGCCAAUCCAGGCACUCGUUUGUUCACUAGCGAACCCGGCCUUCAUUUGUUCGUGUUUUGCUCCUUUUUAAUUUGCCCUUGAGACUUUGUGUUUUGUUCCGUUCCAUGCAGUGAACUACAGAACGGGCAUGGCGUCGUUUAUCUUUUGAAGGCUAUUUUCACGUGGAAUAAGGUGACUUCAAAGCUUAUUACGUGAAUUUAAAGGCGUUGUUUCAGGUGAAGUUAGUUUUUGAUGCAAUCAUAAGAAAAUAAAGUGCAUUUUGAUAAAGAAGCAAUACCAAUUCUCAUUUUGAAAACUAUCAAGCUGAUACGAAAACACGUGGCUUUUGUGUGCGGUUAUGUUUUUGUAUUUUUUCUAACUAUUUUUUUAAUUACUUUUUUUUUCAACCGCUUUUAUCCGUGAGUUCUGUUGCGUGACACUUACAUUGUGUAUAAAAAAAUUAUGCAUAACUGAACAUGUUUUUCCCCAGAAUCGUUAGUUAACAUGUAAGAGUAUUGCAUGUUGUAAUGUUGCUAUUGUAAUUCUCUAAGUAGGCCCGUUAUAUUUCUAGGUGUGAAUUUGUAAUAGUUUUUGUAUUUGUGUAGUGAUAUUUUUUUAAGAAUUCAUAAACAAUAAUUUUUUAACCUAACUUGAAAAUAUUAAUAUGUACUUUUUUUUUAGCUUAGAGAUGUCGAAGAAAAUUACUUUUAAGGAGAAUUGGCUCAAGGAGUCACAGUUUCAGCAUAUCAAACCCUCUGCUAAAAACAUAAAUUCUGCAUACUGCACUUUGUGCUACAAAAGUAUUCAACUCAGCAAUAUGGGCCGAAGAGCUAUCACCAGCCAUGUCGAAGGAAAAAAAACACAUUUGCAAUUCUGCCGUCAAAAUAACACAAUAAAUAACCUUAUUUUACCUCAUGCUGAAAUUUUUAUAUUACAUUUAAUCAUAUGCACGUUGAUAUUUAUGGUAUGUACUUCAUAAGAAAGUCAGGGAAUUUUUCUCUUAAAUUUCUGGAAAACAGGGAAAAGUCAGGGAAUUCUAAGAUUCUAUUUCUGUAGCAACCAUGAAAUUGCUACAAAACCUUGGGCCAUUUAACCCCUCAAGACCUGUUUGGUCUUAAUGAUUAUGUUAUUCAAAACCUUAACCAACAUCCCACUGCAGUCUAUAUGCAGCUAAGCAGAAUUAAUUAAACGUAAAUGUUUUCAAAAAUAUUGAGGAAUGAGAUGAUGAGUGGAAAUAUGUUUCCAAUUUUCAAAUUAAAAUAAUAAUAAAUGGUUUUCAUCUACUUCAAAUAGCCAUAAACAAAUACAUAUUCACAAACUUCAAACUGCACUGUAAUAAAGCUUGUUUCACUGCCACCACUAAAUCAUGACAUAUUUUCUCUAGUAAUUUUUCAUAGUUGUUUUAUGUUAUGUUAUUUAAAAAAAAAGUUAUUUAUUUAAGACUGGUAUUUAGAUUUUAUGUUUUAUUGACAUGUUAUUGUAGUGUGUGUAACAUAUAGUUAUGAAUACCAAAGUCAAGUAUUUUGUAAACAAGUUUUGCAGCUUGUAUACAUUUGAAAUAUAUAUGAUAUAUCCUAUGAAAGACCAUUGUUGCAAUACUAUGCAAAUUAUUGCGGUAAUAUUUUUUUUAUAAAAGUCUGUUAUAUUUUUUUUUUAAAUUUUAAGAAAAUGUGGAAAAAAAUCUUUUGCAGUGUAUUUUCUCCUAGUAUUUUUGUAUUAAAAAAUUACUACUUUC